AUUCGGCAUUGAAAGCCUCGCGCAAGGUUGUCUGCACUCGAAGCGUGCUCGAGCCGCGGCAGACAGCGCGUGCGAGUAAUUAACCGAGAUGGCGAUGGAUCAAGCCAGGUCCACCAUAUCAAAAAUAUUCAACGGGGAACCUCGAUCCUACACGCGCUUCAACCUCACCCAGAACAUGGAGGGGGACAACAGUCAGGUGGAGAUGAAACUGUCAUCUGAUAUGGAUGAGGAAGCCGAGGGGAAUGGAGUUGGGGAGCAUAUGAACCACCACCCUCGUCCAUCCCACGUCAGCAAACCCAGCCAGCGCUCCCCCAGGAACAUCUGCUUUAUGGGCAUCGCCAUCCUACUCCUCUUCAUCAUCGGAUACCUGGUUGGCUACCUUGCUCACAGAAAGGCAGACAAGGCGAAUACGAGCUGCGCAGAGACCACUGAUGAUGGUGAAGUCAUGGCUCCGAUACAAACGGUUCUGUCUCUUGACUGGAGUGACAUUACGGCCUUGUUAAAGAGCAAACUGACCACGGACAGCAUUGACAAGAGCUUGAGUGACUUCUCCAGUGAAAGUCACCAGGCAGGAUCUCCAGGAGACGAGGUGCUUGCCAAUAAAUUGAUGGGAAGAUUCAAGGACUAUGGCAUGAACCCCUGGACUGACGAGCACUUUGUUAGAGUCCAGGAUCGUCCUUCCAGCGGCACCAACAAAGUGACUUUCCAGAACAAAACGUAUGCUGAAUCCGGCUUUUUGGCCUACAGUGCAACUGGAUCAGCUCAGGGUGCAGCUUUAUAUGCAUAUUAUGGACAAGUAGAGGAUUUGAGGCGCCUGCAAGACUUUAACAUCGACCUGACCGGAAGAGUCCUCCUGGUUAGAGCUGGCAGAAUUAGUCCUGCUGAAAAGGUUGCCAAUGCAGCCAGGAUGAAUGCAAGUGCUGUGCUGAUCUACCCAGAUCCUGCUGACUACUCAUUCGAGAAAGACACAGACUUGUUUGGCCAUGUCCAUCUUGGCUGUGGUGAUCCGUACACUCCAGCUUUCCCCUCUUUCAACCACACUCAGUUUCCUCCAGCGAAGUCCUCCGGCCUGCCAGCCAUUCCCGCACAGACCAUUACAGCCAGCACAGCUGCAGCCAUCAUGAAGGGUUUUGGAGGUCGUAAUCCUCCAAGUGGUUGGGGUGAUGGAGGUCUCAGAGAUGUUCCGUACAAGCUUGGUAGUGACAGUGAUCUGAUCACUGUGGAGGUGAACAAUGUCCUCACGGAGAAGAAGAUCCAUAACGUGUUUGGAGUCAUCAAGGGUUUCGUUGAUGCAGAUCGCUAUGUGGUGAUUGGAGCUCAGAGGGAUGCCUGGGGUCCUGGAUAUGCCAGCUCUACUGUUGGCACCAGUUUGCUGGUUGAGUUGGCCAGGACUUUUAGCGAAAUGAUAAGCAAGGAUGGAUUCAAGCCGAGGAGGAGCGUAGUGUUUGCGAGCUGGAGUGCUGGAGAAUAUGGAGCUGUGGGCGCCACCGAGUGGCUGGAGGGCUAUCUGUCCUCUCUCAAUAUGAAAGCUUUCGCUUACAUUAGCCUCGAUGGAGUUGUCACAGGUUCCUCUUUCAAAGCAAGUGCGAGCCCCCUGUUGUAUGAAUUAAUUCAGAGCACUCUGAAAGAGGUGUCUUUACCCACUGAUGCCAGCAAAAGUUUGUAUUCACAAGUGGCUGGAAGCAACUGGGAAGCGUCUGUGAUGCAGCCAAUGAGGAUGUCUGAUCCUGCCUAUCCGUUCCAGGCUUUCUCUGGCAUCCCCUCUGUCUCAUUCCGCUUUACCUCAGACAAAGAAUAUCCAUUCUUUGGAACCCUGCUGGACACCAAGAGGAAUCUGGACUCUAAAAUAUUCAACCUACGUGCGCUCACCAAGACAGCGGGAGAGAUAGCUGGGCAGAUGGCUCUUCGGCUGAUGCAUGACCACCUGCUCAGGCUGAAUGUGGAGAAGUACACCAACAUCAUCCGCAGCAAAGUGGCUCAGAUCAAUAGAGAAGUCAUAAUUCUGCAGUCGUCUGGCCGUGUUCCAAAGACACUGAAAAUGCAGUGGUUGAUGUCAGCUUUGGGCUCAUAUAGUCGUGCUUCCAGAAAUCUCAACACCAACAUCCAGAACAGCGACCUUGAGGACUACGAGCAGUGUCGCAUCAUCAAUAACCGAAUCAUGGCGGUGGAGAGGGAUUUACUUUCUCCUUAUGUGUCUCCCCGGGAGACUCCAUUCAGACACAUAUUGCUGGGCUCUGGCUCACACACUCUGGAAGCUUUGCGUGCACACCUGGCUGCCAUCAAGGAGGGCUCGGCCAGUGGUAACAUUGACCUGCUGAGGAACCAGUUUGCUCUGGCCACCUGGACCAUCCAGAGCUGUGCCAAUGCGCUGGCAGGCAGUGUGUGGGAAAUGGACAACGAAAUUUAGGUGAAUUCGAUUCAGCUCAUGGCUUGAUUAUGAACCGAUGAAAAGUUUCAGAUGAAAAAAAAAAAAAACAUACCCCUCAAAUAAUGGAUUGCACCCCA